UUUGAGGUUAUUUUUAUGUUUCUAUAAAAUAUUUUAUAAAUAUUUGUGUAUUUGUUCGGAAUACGAACAACAUAUAAAUAGUACAAAAUGCCUACUUGGAAUCAAAUUCAAUCUCAGUUGAGAAACCCUAACAAUCCUGUAGUUUUCUUUGACAUAACUGUCGGCACCACUGAAAUAGGGCGUAUGAUCUUCGAACUCUUUGCUGAUGUUGUUCCGAAGACAAGUGAAAAUUUUAGAGAAUUUUGUACUGGAGAAUAUAGGCGUGACGGAGUACCUCUUGGCUUCAAAGGUGCAACAUUCCACAGGGUCAUAAAAGACUUCAUGAUACAAGGUGGUGAUUUCGUGAAUGGUGAUGGAACGGGAGUGAUGAGCAUAUAUGGAGGAAGCACAUUUGCCGAUGAAAACUUUUCACUCAAACAUGACUCACCAGGAUUGUUAUCAAUGGCAAAUAGUGGAAAAGACACCAACGGCUGUCAAUUUUUUAUCACUUGUGCCAAAUGUAAUUUCUUAGAUAACAAGCAUGUUGUCUUUGGUCGUGUUAUAGAUGGAUUGCUUGUGAUGAGAAAAAUAGAAAAUGUACCCACCGGACCAAACAAUAAACCCAAAAUACCAGUGACUAUUUCACAAUGUGGACAAAUGUAAUUAACAAAUUUAGGUUAGGUGUAUUUUAUAAUUUUAAUAAACCUU